AAAUUUCCCCAUAAAAACCCUAAACAUAAGCUGUAAAAUCCCCCAAAUUUCCCUCCAAAACUCGUGCCUCUAAAGCUCCUUCUGCAUUUCGACAUCUCACUGUGUAAAGUUGUUUUGUUUUUCAGUUUUGAGCAGCAAUGGAGGCGCUUCAAAGGAUAACUCGGCGCAUGGCUCACAAGCUGCUCAAAGAAAAAUCACUGCCAAAUCGUUUGCAGAGGCUUAAGAGCGGCGGCUUCAAAAGAAAGGCCGAAUUUCUCACCCUCGCCGAAAACAAACGAAGAAAGCUCGCCAAGCUCACUUCCCCGUCAACUGAUACCGAGUCUGUAGAGGAGGCGGCUCGGCUGAAAAAGGGUAAGAUCGGUUUAUCAGAAUAUUCUGUUGGUAAUGAAGAGGUUGAGAUUUUCGUGGAACUGCCUGCCGGUAUAGCUUUUUCGUUUAAUUCGCUGAAAAUGGAUGCAGAGGAUAUGGAGGAUAUGGAAGUUGGGAGCUAUACACGGCCGGAUUACAGAGAUGGCUGUGACUUAAUGAAUACCCCUCAGUCAGUGACAGUAAGUGGAAUAGAUAAUGAUUUGGAUUGUGGGGUAAGUGGGAUGGAUGGAUGUGUUUCAUCUGAAAUUUUACCUUUUGUUUUGAGUUUGGCGUUUGAUACUGAUUCAGAAGAACAAAGUAUAUUGGAUUUGGAUCAAGAUUUGUCAAAAGGAGGUGAAGAAAUGCAGAAGGAUGAUGCAACUUCAACACCCAUUAAGCCUUUGGAGGAGUUAGAUUCGGCAGAGAGUGAUGUUGUGCAAGUGGAAAUGUCUGAAAGGGAAAUAGAAGUUGCUCAAGUGCUGGACAAUGUGGCUCCGAGGGAGAUAGAAGAUGCUCAAAUGUUGGAUAAAAUGAAUCAAGGAGAAGUAGCUGAUGCUCCGGUGUUUAAUGAAAUGACUGAAGGUGAAGUAACAGAUGCCCAUGCUUGCAAUAUUAUUGGUUCUUUAUCGGGCCAAGUUAAAGAAGAGCCUGAGACUGAGGGAGGCUGCCUUGAUCUGAAUGAUAACAAGCGUUCUGUGGAAGGAGAGGGGACUUGCAAGUUCGAACAGUUGAAGAGGAUUCGCAGAUCGGGUCCAGGUUCGAAAUGGAUGUAUUCUGGAAGUAGAUUUGCCGCAUUCUUGCGAUCGGCUGUUGGGGUGAUUGACCUCGAUGCUGAUGAUGAAAUGCUGCAAAAUCACGGGAAAGCUGCUGCCAAACAGAAGUCUGGAGCAAUUGAGGGUAGAUGCGUUGCUGCUCCUUCUCCCCCCAAACGACAGUCAGCCAGAUUCCCCGGCAAAAGAAAAGUUACACUUUCUCCAAGUUCACAAUUGAAACUAUUGGAAGCUUCAAAAAGCAGUAGCUACAGGAGAAUGUUGCCUUUUUGCGCCGAGCUGGCGAAGGACCUUGCAAUGGUUUCUUCAGCCCAAACUACCAUAAGAUUGUCACCAAGAACAGACUGCACAGCCUCUAAGGGAUGCGAUAUAUAUGCUGACAAAGGUUUGACCGGGGAACCCUUUAUACCUGAACAUAUCAAGGGUGAAGAAAAUGAGAAUAAUUUGGCAUCUGCCAUAUGUGAUCAAGGAUUGAGCAGUAGCAGCACAUCCAAGGCAAAUGUUGAGCUUGAAGAUAAUAGAAGUCAAAGAGAGUUGCCUACCAGUAACAAACGAAUGAGUAGGGAGCCCCAGUGCAUUGAGCUUGUUAAGGUUGAACAGAAUGAAAAUCAAAUGGAAUUGAUCCCUAGUGAUGAUCAAAUAAGCAUGAAGUCUUCACCCACUGGACAUGUUAAGCUUGAACAAAAUGACAUGGGGCCUACCCUCAGUAAUGAAAAAAUGAUAAUGGGGCCUCCAUGUGCAGGGCAGGUUAAGCUUGAACAAAAUGACAUUGAGAUGGAAUUGCAUUCCAGUAGUGAAGGUACGAGCAGAAGCCCUCCCCGUGCUGAACAUAUUGAUUUCAAACAAAAUGGCUGUCAGAUAGAGUUUGUCCCAGGAAAUGAAGAAUUUAGCAGGGAACCUCUGGCUACCAAACCUGCAAAGCUAAAAGAGAAUGCAAGUGAAUUAAUGCCUGCCAAUGAUAAUGGCCCGAGUAAUGCAGGAUUAUCCAUUGGGCGUGCUAAUUUUGAACAAAGUGGAAACCAAUUGGAAUCAGUUCCUGGUGACCAAUUUCUUAGCAGGAAGUCACUUUUUGUUGAAAAUAUGAGGCAAGGACAGAAUGGAAAUCAAUCAGAAUCAGCUAUUGGUGAUCAGAGCUCGAGCAGGGAGUCUUUCUAUACUGGAUGUGUUAAGCCUGAUCAAACUGAAUGCCAAUCAAUGUCUGCCUCAAUUCAGUUGGAGUCAUCCCCUGCUUGUCAUUUGUAUGGUCCUUCUGAUGAGCUUGGAAAUUCUUUGGCAAGUCAGUCCUCCGGCAAAUCCAGUUCUUUAGUUUUUUCCAACGGGCAGUGUAUUUCUCCACCCCUAACACAAAAAUUCCCAACAGCGGAUUCAGAGAGUAUAAGUCUAGUUGAUCACAAAUCACCUUCUCCAUCUCCGUGUGGUUCUUCUGAUAUUACUUUGUUUCCAACUUGCAGUGAAGUUCCCUCUCCAUUACACACACCUGCAUCAGUGCCUUCUAAGGGAAUUCUAAAAAUUAGCCAUCGUUCAUGCAAAGGAAUCUGCUUGUGCUCAGAUUGUGCAUCGUUUCGUCUUCAAGCAGAAAAGGCAUCAGAAUUCUCUGAAAGACAGUUAAGAGAAACAGAAACACUGGCAGUGGCAUUGAUGAGUGAACUCACCAAUGUAAGAAAUUUGAUGGAGAAAUAUUUGAUUGCAAAGGGCAAAGGGACUGGCAUUCUGUGUUCCAUACCGCAUUCACAGUUGAAAGAUGCUUCUAGGAGUGCUCUAAGGGUAGAAGAGACUGCCAGAAAUCACCUUGUUCAAAUGACCCGUGAUUGUCAUCUUCAUUGCAAAAUUCUGCGUAUGCAACAGCGGAGAGUUAAGUUUGCGGAUAAGGUUGAAGUGAAAACGUUCAAAUCAGAAUAAUUCAUUUAUGAAUUGUGAUCUUAAAGGAAUCUGCAUCAUUGGGCAGAUAAUGUACAGACAAUGUCUUAUUAUAUUUGUUUCUUUUCAAACUACAUAUAUAACAUGUAAUGUUGUCUCUUAAUGUGAUGUUCAACAAUGGCUGAUUUUGCCAAUUAUAGCGUGA